AUGUCGCAGAACCACGAUGAUUCACUUGUGUACUGUCCGUUUGAUAGCACUGAACUGAAGGUAGACCCAAACUUUUUGUUUCCACGACACCAAUUAUACUUUUGUCCAUUUUGUCAACUACAUAGAGCGCCUUAUCAAACGUAUUUCAAGAUAGAGUCCAGAUUCUGCUCAUCAUGUCUUACUGAGUUUAGAAAAGAGUCGAAACGAUAUACUUGUUCCAAAAAUUGCUUCAUUUGCCCAGAAUGUGCUUCUGAUAUGAAGAUUACGGUCAGAGACCAUGAUAAAGGUGCAAAGUCGUUUAAGUUUAGGUGUACUGAAUGCCCGUAUAUCUUCCAAACUUCCAUAUUUUGUCUGCCCAAACCGUUACGGGAUAUUAUUGAAAGUGAUAAAAACGAUUCGUUUUCAAGACUUUGCAAUGACAUAAAAAACGGUGUCUUGAAAGGACAAACUGAAAAUCGUGUUAGUGAUCAGACAAGGAAAAAUCUAGAGCUAAUGAAUAAAGCGACAAGGCAGGAGACCAGGAUGAGUGAAGUCAAAAAGUAUCCGCUUCCCAGACGGUUGACAAUGAGGAAGAGUAUUUACUGUGUUAAAUGCAAUACGAUGGUGUCCACUCCAAUAUGA